CAAUACUAUAUAGGGCCCUACAAUAUAUACAAUACAUUACGAAACGUAACAACGUCCAAACAAGGUGUUGGUGUUUCCCCUCGUAAGUGCAAAGGGAGCGAGCAACUCCAAGCUUUUUCUUUUUGCAAGUGACAUUUGCAACUUUAGUAGUAUGAGAUGCUAUGCGUUUCCUUUCCUUCAAACCCCGUGAAUUUUCCACUUAUAAUAAUCCAAUCAAUUCUCUUGCAUUCAUUAAUUCCAAAAUCAAAGCCUUUAUCCAACAAGGUAACCAUUUUGAAGCUCUAUUAACCUACUCUAAACAACCUUAUUUUCCUCUCCAUACACCCAAAUUCACUUUUCCAGCCAUACUAAAAGCUUGCACUUUUCUUCCAAAUCUUGAAACUGGAAAAAUAAUCCAUGGAACAGUCAUCAAAAUGGGCCUUCAAUAUGAUCCUUUUAUAACCACUUCACUUAUUAGCAUGUAUGUAAAAUGUGGGUCAUUUCGUAAUGCAGUCCAAGUGUUUGACUUUAUGUCUCAAUGGGAAGAUUUGUGUCAAGAUGUAACUAUUUGGAAUGCUAUGUUAGAUGGGUAUGUAAGAAAUGAGCUUAAUGAGGAGUGUGUGGGUUUGUUUAGAAAAAUGCAAGAAUUUGGUGUUAAGUCUGAUGAGUAUUCUCUUAGUAUUCUUCUUGGAUUGUUUAAUGGUGGUAUGGGGUUAUCGAAAGUGAAAGAAAUUCAUGGUUAUGUUAUUAGAAACUCAUUUGGUUAUGAUCCUUUUGUGGUUACUGCAUUGAUUGAUAUGUACUCGAAUUGUUGUAGGCCAAAAGAUGCGUGGUGUAUUUUUGAGGGUGUCGAAAAUAAGGACAAUAUUGUCAUUUGGAAUGCGUUGAUUAGGGGCUUAUCUGAGAAUGGAUUAUGGAGAAACAGUAAGGAACUCUAUUCUUUAGCUAAGAGUAGGGGUUGCAAACUUAUGUCGACGACUUAUUCUAGUACUUUGAAGGCUUGUUCUGAGGGUGAAGAUAUAGAUUUCGGUAGGCAGGUCCAUUCGGAUGUUGUAAAAAUGAGAUUUGAGAAUGAUCCUUAUGUAUGUACUUCGGUGUUGUCCAUGUAUGCAAAGGUUGGAAUGUUGGAAGAUGUAGACAGGGCUUUUGAUUCGGUAUUAGAUAAAGAGGUUGAAGUGUGGAAUUCUAUGAUUUCAGCUUAUGUUGGCAAUGGUAGAGGCGAUGACGCUUUAUGUGUGUAUAAUGAGAUGAGAUCAAGAGGCAUUCCUUCUGAUUCUUUCACCUUGUCAAAUAUUCUUAUAUCGUGUUGCAUGACUGAAUCUUAUGAUUUAGGUAGGGCAAUUCAUGGUGAACUAAUUAAGAAACCAAUACAGAAUAACAUCGCGUUGUGGAGUGCUCUACUGACUAUGUACUCGAAAUCUGGAAUGUUAAAGGAUGCUCUUGAGGUUUUCAGUAGAAUGGAGGAGAAGGAUGUGGUGGCAUGGGGCUCAAUGAUCUCAGGUCUCUGCCAAAAUAAGAAAUUCAAUUUGGUGCUGGAAAUAUAUAAGGAAAUGGAGACUCAUAAUGUUAAUCCGGACGCUGAUAUAAUGGUAAUGGUGAUAAAUGCUAGUGCAGGACUAGAAUGCUUAGAAUUGGGUUGCAGUAUCCAUGGAAUCACUGUUAAGAGCGGGGAAGAAUUAGAUAGUUCAGUGAGCAGUUCUCUCGUAGAUAUGUAUUCUAAUUGUGGCCAGCCAGAAAUGGCUGAAAAGGUUUUCUCGGGUGUUCCCUAUAAGAAUUUGGUGGUUUGGAAUUGCCUUAUCUCUUGUUAUUCAAAAAAUGACUUACCAGAGCUCUCUUUAAAUCUUCUUCCUCAACUUGUGCAACAAGGGUUAUAUCCAGAUGCUGUUACGCUUACUAGUGCCCUUGCUGCUGUUUCAUCCUUAGCGAUACUGAUUAAAGGAAAGGCAAUUCAUUGUUACCAAAUAAGGCAUCAAAUUCUUGAAGACAGCCAAGUGGAAAAUGCUCUUAUUGAUAUGUACAUAAAAAGUGGAUGCUUAAAGUACGCAGAGUAUGUCUUCCAGUACAUGUCCAAAAGGAACUUAGUAACAUGGAAUACGAUGAUUGCAGGGUAUGGAUCUCACAGUGAGUGUACGAAAGCUAUCAACUUUCUCAAUGAAAUGAGGAAAUCUGGAGUGACGCCUGAUGGUGUAACUUUCCUUUCCUUGAUUUCCUCUUGCAACCAUGCUGGUUUAGUCGAUGAAGGUUUUAAACUAUUUCACUUAAUGGAACAGUAUGGAAUCAAACCUCAAAUGGACCACUACAUAAAUGUGGUGGACCUUCUAGGUCGUGCUGGACGCUUGAAUGAUGCUUAUAAUUUCAUAGAAAAUUUGGAAGUGGAACCUGACAGGGGGGUCUGGCUAUGUCUUUUGUCAGCCUGUCGGGUCCAUCAAAACGUAAAGCUUGGAGAAAUAGCUGCCAAUAAACUUCUGAAGUUGGAACCAAACAGAGGCAGCAAUUACGUUCAACUUUUGAAUCUCUAUGUAGAAGCUGGGAUGAGAGAAGAAGCAGCGAGUUUGAGGGCUAUGAUGAAGAAGAAAGGUUUGAAGAAAAACCCUGGAUGUAGUUGGAUUGAGGUAAAAAAUAAACUUGAGGUUUUCUUCUCAAGUGAUUCAUCCUCCUCCAAGACAAUUGAGAUCUAUGAGACACUCCAAAGUCUCAGAAGUAUUAUGAAAAAGGGAGGAGAUUAUGAGACUCAGGCAAUAUGAGAUGAGAACAGGAACUGUUUUCCUUUAGAGAUAAUGGUCAAAAAGCACCCGAAUUAUCACUGUUUUGCGAGUUGCACACUUCAACUAUUUGCUAUUACAUUUCCCUACCUGAACUAUCACCAUCUAUGUAUUAAAACAUAUCUAGUUGAGUAGAUGGUGAUAGUUAAAUCAGCUUCGAGGUGUGUUUUACUACAUAGAGGGUAAUAGUUCAGGUAGGAAAAGGGAAGGGAACAGUUGAUAGUUAGGGUAUGAAACUCGCAAAAAAAUUAUAUUUCAAGUGUAUUUUUUACCAUUAGCUCUUUCCUAUACCUAGUUAAUGAACAUGUCUAUGCUGACAGCAUGGCUAUAGGAGGGGAACAUGCAUUUUCAAAAUUCACUCUCGCGGUGUUGACUAACCAUGUUGAAUGGUCAAGACGGCUAAUCAAGCUUACACUACGCAAUACAUUAAUAUUAAUCUUCAAGGGUAAUUCAUUUAACAAGAAUCAUUGUCCUAGGCGGAGGGAUCUAGAAUUUGAAGGUGCACCACGGUCUCUAACUUGAACCUUAUGUAAACAUCUCACUGGCCACAGUGACUGAAUAAAGGUGCAUUUGGUCGGUUUGGUCAGUUUGUUUCAGGGUUUUAGUUCACAACCUUUUGCGAUGAAAAGGAAUAAUAAAAUAGACAAACUGAACUGAAAUAUGUUCAUUUUAGUU